ACCUGUCCUCUCGUUCAGGUUGGUGCAUCGUCACGGAUUUCCGCGGUGGGGCGGGGACAGUUCCUCGGCUCGGUGCGGCGGGGAGGUCGGUAAUUCGGCGAGAGCAGAGGAAGGUGCAACAACGCAGAGCAUCAAUAAUUCACUGUCACGCACAAAUACGAAAAGGAGCCCAUGGAAUGAAGUAGUUCUGACAUCCAAAUGCCUACUAUCAGUUGCUUCCCAAGGCAACAGUGAAACAAGGAAGAAAAUAGACGUACAACAAAUAAAUUGGCAACAAAAUAAUUUGGUCAAGCAAAUCUAAAAUGGAGCAGGAAGAGCAAGUGGUCAUGCAGGAAUUAGUAGGCAGAAUUACAGUUUAUACCAUUACAGGAUGUCUUCAUUGCCUUAGAGCAAAGGCUCAUCUGACCAAUGAGGGUCUCCCAUUCAUUGAAGUAAAUAUAAAGGAUAAUCCUGAAAUAAGGGAUCAGAUUGUCAACCUCACCGGGCGGCACACUGUACCACAGAUAUUCUUCAACAACAAAUUUAUUGGAGGAAAUGACGAUUUUCAGAAAUUGUCACAGGAAGAAAUUAACAAACUGAUUGAACUAGUUAAGCAUGAAGCAGCACCUUCUGAUGCUCCUCCACUCCCUGAACCAAAAGUUGUUGAAGAUGAGGAACCAAAGGAAGAACUGAAAAGUGAAAGAGAUGAAUUUGCAGAUCUGAUAUUGGAAUUCAAACAUAGUGGCAAUAUUGGCAGUCACUGGUCACGUCUAAAACAUCACCACAAGACCUUUACUGGCAAAAAACUGGUUGCCUGGCUGGUCAAUAAUAAAAACCUUGACAAAUCUGCAGCAAUUGAAAUUGGGAACAAUCUGAUAAACAGGAAGUUUUUUAAUCCACUGAGUGAAAAAGGAUUUGAAGAUAGUGACGCUCUGUACAGAUUGGUGGAGGAUGACUCUGCAUCAGCAUUAAAUUCUGGAGCCACAGCAGAAUAUCGAGCAGUUUCCGCAUCUAAACAUUCUGAAGUUAUGAGAGAUUUAAUUCUGAAGCUGUUCUCGGAACACAUUACACCUGAUGGCAAGUUUGUGGAUUACAAAUCCAUGGCUGAUAGUCCAACCUUUGAGGAGUACAGCAAACUUGCAAUACAGCUGCAGCGGCUGAAGUUUGAUGAUCUAAGCAGAAAUGAGAAACUGGCAUUCUUCAUCAAUGUGUACAAUGCAUUAGUAAUUCAUGGAAUUAUUAAAUACAAAGCACCAAAGAACAUGUGGCAGAGAUAUAAAUUUUUUAAUACUGCAAGUUAUGUGAUUGGUGGAGAAGUCUUUACACUGCAAGAUAUAGAAAAUGGUGUACUGCGGGGGAACCAAAAGGGCAUUGCUCAAAUGACAAAACCUUUUUCAAAGGGUGAUCCACGUCUCAAGGCUGCAUUGGAGGAAGUGGAGCCACUGAUUCAUUUUGCAUUAAACUGUGGAGUCCAAAGCUGUCCUCCCAUCAAGACCUACUCUGCAAAGGACAUCGAACACCAAUUAAAAAUUUCAACUGAAGCUUUUCUUGAUGGUGCUGAAAGCUGCCAAGUUGAUGUGGCCAAAAAGGAACUUCGUCUGAGUCAAAUUUUCAAAUGGUACAAAGUUGAUUUUGGUGGAACAGAUGAAAAGUUGCUGCAAUGGGUGUUUGAGCACCUACAAGAUUCACCAAAGAAGAAAGCACUGAAAGAACUCAGAGACCAUGGAAUCAUCAAAAUUGUUUAUCUUCCAUAUAACUGGUCAACAAAUUCUAAAGACUGAUGCUGGCUGGGCAUGGAACUUAUUGCCCGAUGCCUGAAUUAUCCCACUAUGCUUAUCCAAUCGAAUUAGUUUGACGUAACUUCACUUAUGAAUUUCUGACUUUAUAGAUUUAGUCAACUAAAGACGUGCUAUAAUUUAAUCAAUGUAAUGGUGUAAUCCAAAUUUCUUAUUUUUAAACUACUAAUUUCCAUUCUUUGAAAAUGAUUUUAUUUCUGAAUUUAAUGAUUCAUUGAUUGCAAAACAGUAGUUUUUUACAACUUGAAUUCUUAGUUUCAAUAAAGAGAGAUCUCAUCUAUUGUAA